CGCCGCUCCAUCCUAUCUGACUGUUUCUUUCUCUCCACUCUUUUACACAGAGGUUUUUUUUUUUUUUUUAAAUAAAAGAAAAAGAAGGAAAGAGAAGGGAGUAAAGUGGCCGCUACGAGGCGAACCACAACAAUGAGUCGGUCCUGACUAAAAAUGAAUGGAUAAGCCAAUCUAUUCUGAGCUCUAAUGAGAUUAAAGAGUCAGCGCAGACAUGGGUCGUGGCGGCGUGGUACCUUUCGUUGAUCUCCUCGGGGAUCAUUUUCCCUGUCAGCAGUCCUCCCAGCGUGGAAAUGGCGUUUUUGACACAGAGGAUGCCGCGGAUGCCAGGGGACAAUAACACACAUUUGAAUGCACGCUCACCUGUGCCGCUUUUGGGGCGCGCCGAAUCCUAGAAGAAGAAAAGGAGGAGGAGGAGGAGGAGGAAGAAGUAGUACUAGAAGAAGUCGCGGCAGUAGUGGUAAAGGAGGACAAAAUGAAGUACCAGAAAUAUAUAACGGUGAUGCAGAUGGCCAUGGGAGUGACAGCCUCCAACAAAGACUGCCUCCCCGUUAAGAGACAGCUGUGGGUGACCCCACCAGAUGGAGAUACGUCCCCCUCAGGUGCUCCCGGGACUUCAGAUGGGCCUUUAGGUGCUACUGGUGGCGCUGGUGCUAUGGCAAUGCCUGCCACCUCCACCCUCUCGUUGCCCAUGAGCCAAGGUAAACCUUCCCUGCGUCGCAUCAAAGGCCGCAUUCACCGCAGCAAGAGCCUGGACAGCAUCGACCUGCUUGACUCCAACAGUGCAGCAAUGGAGGAAACGGUCAUAUGGGAACAGCACACAGUGACCCUUCACAGGGCCCCAGGAUUUGGGUUUGGCAUCGCCAUCUCAGGUGGACGAGACAACCCUCAUUUCCAGAGCGGAGAGACAUCCAUUGUGAUUUCUGAUGUGUUGAAAGGAGGCCCCGCAGAGGGUCUGCUACAAGAAAAUGAUCGAGUAGUGAUGGUCAAUGCAGUCUCUAUGGACAAUGUAGAGCAUGCCUAUGCUGUUCAGCAACUUCGCAAGAGUGGCAAAAAUGCAAAGAUAACCAUUCGCAGGAAAAGGAAAGUACAAAUCCCAGUCUCACGGCCAGGAGACAGAGAGACUAUGUCGGAGCACGAGGAGGAAGACAGUGAUGAGGAAGAUGGUUACGAUCCCCACACCGCUCGUGGUGGCCAAAGUGCCUACGGAGGAGCGAGCGGAGGCACAGGCACAGGCAGGCGUCAAGAUCGUGAGCGUAGCAACAGUGGGAGGAGGGAUCACAGUGCCUCACGGGAGAGAAGCGUGUCGCCGCGCUCUGAUCGUAGAUCACAAGCCUCUUCUGCUCCACCCAGGCCUUCCAAGGUCACCCUUGUAAAGUCUCGGAAAAAUGAAGAAUAUGGAUUGCGACUGGCCAGCCACAUCUUUGUGAAAGACAUCUCUCCAGAGAGCCUCGCUGCCAGAGAUGGAAACAUCCAGGAGGGAGAUGUUGUUCUUAAGAUCAAUGGCACAGUUACAGAGAACCUAUCACUGAUAGAUGCCAAGAAACUGAUUGAAAGGUCAAAGGGCAAGCUGAAGAUGGUGGUGCAGAGAGAUGAGCGAGCCACGCUGCUCAACAUUCCUGACCUUGAUGACAGCAUCCCAUCAGCCAAUAACUCCGACAGAGACGACAUUUCAGAAAUACAUUCACUGACAUCAGACCAUUCCAAUCGGUCCCAUGGGCGAGGUCGAUCACGUUCACCUGACAGGCCUGAGACAUCGGACCAUCUCCGUCACUCUCCUCGGCAGAUCAGCAACGGCAGUCAUCGGAGUCGAGAUGAGGAACGCGUAUCCAAACCAGCCAUGUCCACACCGGUCAAAAGCUCUGAUGAUGGUGUCUUGUCUCAGGCCAGCGACCAGGCCAGCUCCAGAGAUGACAAACAGUUACCUCCACUGCCUGAACCAAAGCCAGUGUAUGCACAGCCUGGUCAGCCUGACGUGGAUCUUCCUGUCAGCCCGUCAGACGCCCCUGUACCAAGUGCUGCUCAUGAUGACAGCAUUCUCAGGCCAAGUAUGAAGCUGGUCAAGUUCAAGAAGGGAGAGAGUGUCGGCCUGCGGUUAGCUGGAGGGAACGACGUGGGAAUUUUUGUGGCAGGAGUUUUGGAAGACAGUCCUGCAGCCAAGGAGGGGCUGGAGGAGGGGGACCAGAUUCUCAGGGUGAACAAUGUGGACUUUGCUAAUAUCAUCCGGGAGGAGGCUGUGCUGUUUCUGCUGGAUCUCCCAAGAGGAGAAGAGGUUACUAUUCUGGCCCAGAAGAAAAAGGAUGUGUAUCGGAGGAUAGUGGAAUCAGACGUGGGUGACUCCUUCUACAUUCGGACGCAUUUUGAAUAUGAAAAGGAGUCGCCGUAUGGGCUGAGCUUCAACAAAGGCGAGGUAUUCCGCGUGGUGGAUACACUCUACAAUGGCAAAUUAGGCUCCUGGCUCGCUAUCCGUAUCGGCAAGAACCACCAGGAGGUGGAAAGGGGCAUCAUCCCUAACAAGAACAGAGCGGAGCAGCUUUCCAGUGUGCAGUACACCCUCCCUAAAACACCAGGGGGUGACCGAGCAGACUUCUGGAGAUUCAGAGGACUGCGAAGUUCUAAGAGGAAUUUGCGGAAAAGCAGGGAAGACCUGUCAGCCCAGCCGGUUCAGACCAAGUUCCCUGCCUAUGAGAGAGUAGUGCUGAGGGAAGCUGGGUUCCUGAGGCCUGUAGUUAUCUUUGGACCAAUAGCAGAUGUGGCCAGAGAGAAACUGGCCAGGGAGGAGCCAGACAUUUUUGAACUAGCAAAAACACAGCAACAACAAGGAGGGGAAAAGAGUGAACCCAGGGAUGCUGGAACCGACCAGAAAAGCUCUGGCAUCAUUCGCCUGCACACGAUUAAACAGAUCAUUGACAGAGACAAGCAUGCUGUGCUGGACAUCACCCCCAAUGCAGUGGACCGUCUGAACUACGCUCAGUGGUAUCCCAUCGUGGUGUUUCUCAACCCAGACACCAAGCAAGGCGUCAAGAACAUGAGGACCCGGCUCUGCCCUGAGUCCAGGAAGAGUGCCAGAAAGCUUUAUGACCGAGCCCUCAAAUUAAGGAAAAACAACCACCACCUUUUCACCACAACGAUUAACUUGAACAGCAUGAAUGAUGGCUGGUUUGGAGGACUGAAGGAGAUGAUCCAGCAGCAACAGAACCAGCUGGUGUGGGUUUCAGAGGGCAAGGCUGAUGGGGCAACUGAUGAUGACCUGGAUAUCCACGACGACCGCCUUUCCUACCUGUCGGCGCCAGGCAGUGAGUAUUCCAUGUACAGCACCGACAGCCGGCACACCUCCGACUACGAGGACACUGACACAGAGGGCGGAGCCUACACCGACCAGGAGCUGGACGAAACGCUGAAUGAUGAUGUGGGCCCGCCCACGGAGCCCGCCAUCACCCGCUCCUCGGAGCCCGUCCGCGAGGACCCGCCUGUCAUCCAGGAGCCCCCGGGCUAUGCUGGCUACCAGCACACAGUGCAGCCGGACCCCCUGAACCGCAUCGACCCAGCUGGGUUCAAGGCACCAGCGCCGCAGCAGAAAGCAGAGGCCGCUGCCAUCCCUAGCAUCUCCCAGCAGCCUGAUCCCCUGACUGAGACAAUGCCCCCUGCUGUCGACGUUACUGUAAAAACUGUAGGGGCUCUGAGCCCUGAUGUGGCUCCUGCAGCUCCCUACAGCCACCCAAGCCCCAUCCCAGAGGCUGGCUCACUUAGGAGGCCAACCCCUGAGCUGGCCCCUCAGAGCAUCUCGCCAGAACCUCUGCAUCCUGGACUGGCCAGUUCAGAACCAAAGAUGUUUCAGAAGGAUCCAUACAGCGCAGACAACACAGGGAGAGUUGGUCACACCGUGAAGCCGCCGACUUACAGCCAUCAGCAGGGGUAUCAGCCUGACCAGCAGCCAUACAGAGAUUACGACCACCCACCCAAUCGGUAUGAUGUCAGCAGCAGUGGAGUCAGCAGUGGAGGUGGUUACCCAGAGCCAAAGUACCGUAACUAUGACUCUAACCCGCCGUACGAGAACAGUGUGCCUCACUUCGACCAGCAAUGGAACCCCUACAACCAGUCACUCUCUACUGCCAAUUCCCAACCCUACGAUCCCCGUUUGCCAUAUGGUGAUGGCCCCGAUUCCCAGUACCCACCUCCACUGCGCUACGAUGAGCCGCCACCACAUCAGCCAUUCGACGGGCGGCCUCGUUACGGUAAACCCACAGGUCCUGGACCUGUUCGUUACGAUGACCCGCCACCUCCCGCUCCGGUGUCUGAUCUGCACUACGACCCAGAUACUCACCUGAACUCGUACCCACCAGCUGCCCGCUCCCCAGAGCCCGCUCCCCCGCGGUUUGCCUACAACCAGGGACCAACGACACAACAGAAAGGCUACAAACCUCAGCAGUAUGACUCUACUCCUCUGAACUCUGAAACCAGCCCCACACCUCCUCCUAAGGCAGAAGCCCCCUCGCCCUCCCCUGCUGACGUUCCGAAACUUGCACCCGCCAGAGAUGACCAACAGGAGGAUGAUCCUGCCAUGCGGCCGCAGUCAGUCCUAACACGGGUCAAGAUGUUUGAGAACAAACGCUCCGUGUCCGUGGACCGCGCCAGAGAUGCAGCAGAUCCACCUGGAAGCAAGGCAGCCGAUUUACCCUUGAAAGCAGGUGGAGUCAUCCCUAAGGCGAAUUCUCUGAGUAACCUGGAUCAAGAAAAGACUUUUAGAGCUCCAGAGCCACAGUCCAAGGUGGCUGACGACAUCGUGCGCUCCAACCAUUAUGACCCUGAUGAGGAUGAGGACUACUACAGGAAACAGUUGUCUUAUUUUGACAAACUUCAGACCGGCCCCACCAAACCACAAGCACAAACAACGCACAGCUACCCCAGGAUGGAGUCAGUAGAGAAACCAAGUCCAGUGGAGAAAAAAUAUGAACCAGUUCCCCAGGUGACACCGUCUCUGCCACCAGCCACACUGCCCAAACCCUCAACUGAAGCCAAGCCUCCUGCCCGAGAAGACACUGUCCAGACCAACUUUCUGCCUCACAAGAGUUUUCCUGAGAAGGCUCCAGUUAAUGGCACAAGUGAACAGCCUCCAAAGACCGGGGCUCCACCUACAUCCAGCUACAACCGCUACGUGCCCAAGCCCUACACCACCUCUGCCAGGCCUUUUGCACGGAUGUUUGACAGUCCAAAAUUCAACCACAACCUUCUUCCCAAUGACAAGCCGGAGAUUGCUCCAAAGGGUCGGAGCUCUAGUCCAGUGAAGCCUCCCCCGCAGCCCCAGAACGCAGACCACGACAGUGGCCUGGACACUUUCACACGCACUAUGGACCACAGACCCAAAUAUCAGCACAACAAUGUCAACGCUGUGCCUAAGGCCAUCCCUGUGAGCCCCAGUGCCCUGGAGGAUGAUGAUGAUGAAGAUGAGGGCCACACAGUGGUCGCAACAGCUCGUGGUAUCUUCAACAGCAACGGUGGCGUUCUGAGCUCCAUUGAAACUGGUGUCAGCAUAAUUAUCCCGCAGGGCGCCAUCCCUGAAGGUGUGGAGCAGGAGAUCUACUUUAAGGUCUGUCGAGACAACAGCAUCCUGCCACCGCUGGACAAGGAGAAAGGAGAGACUCUGCUCAGCCCACUGGUGAUGUGUGGACCUCAUGGCCUCAAGUUUUUGAAGCCUGUGGAGCUACGCUUACCUCACUGUGCGUCAAUGACCCCUGAUGGUUGGUCUUUUGCUCUAAAAUCCUCCGACUCCUCGUCGGGUGACCCAAAAAGCUGGCAGAACAAGUCUCUCCCCGGAGAUCCCAACUACCUGGUGGGAGCCAACUGUGUGUCUGUGCUCAUUGACCACUUUUAAGGACGGACCAGCCGGUGUGAUGUUACUGAGUGUGGAACCAUGGGGGACUAAAUGAAGAAGAUGGACACGCACAUAAACACACACACGCACACACACAUACACACGCAUAGUGUAUAUACACUGACGGAUGCACUCCAAACAUACAAACGCGACACACAAAGGAGCAUGAAGAACCAGUCAGUGCUGUUUACUGCACCCAUGGAUGAAGGCGAGAUGAAAGUUUCUCUUUAAACUGUUCCUCAAUUUGAAGUUUUGAUGUGAAAUGAAACGGUUGAUGCAUGCCCCAUGUCUCUGAGGACUGACACUAUAUAUAAAGCAAUGUUUAAUGUAAUUCUUACAUGAAUAUAAAUGGAUGGAUGGAGUUUGAGGCAACAUACGUGCUUCAAAAAACUGUGUGUCAGUAUAUUUAUGCUAUAUAUGCCACCAGUAUAUAUAGUAGUAUAGGGAAGACUUACUAAAUUUUUACUCAUGAAUUGAAUUAUCAGCGGACAGCUGGGGCUGAAUAUGAAGAAUUAUCGCCAUGUUUUUCUUGUUUUUUUUUCUCCACAUUGAGGGAAUUAUAUUGAAGGUUUGAGGCAGGUGAAGACAUUUGCAAGUAUCUGGUGAAGGAAAGAUGGCAAAACAUGAGCUGGAUAUGAACCCGAGCAGCACACUCAAAGAGACGUUCUUCCAUCACUCCUUCCUUUGUUCUUCCUUUUCCUACAGUAAUCCCUUGUAGCUUCCUUUCUUGCCAAGCACCGCGUCUCUCCUUCCAGCCUGAGGGAGAUCUAUGCAUGUUCUUUACUCAGGUCCAGUAGCAUCUACACUUCCUUCCUCACAUCUCUCUGCCUCUCCUCUGCGCCUCUCCCUCUGUCCUGUUCUCUGUGCACUCUAGCACUCACACACAAAUAAGCAGUGAUGCCUUAUCUGCAGAUUAUUCACUUUUCAUUAAAAAGAUAAGUUAUGAUAAAUUAUGGUAUAAUGUCAUUUGUGUUGCCAUUUUUUGUGAACCCACUGUAUAAAAGAAACUUGGGUUUAGCACACACAAUAACGGUUGAUAAAAGAUAACAAAGGUAUGCUCUUCUUUUAUCUGCUAUGCAUUACUUAAAAACAACAAAAAAAAUGAAAAGAAGUGGCUGUAAAUAAAGCUAGCAUAUUGCCUUGUUUCUUUUGUUUGUAAAUGAACUUUUUGUAUGUCUUUUGUUUUUGUAUAAAACUUAGAGAAAACAUGUUUUAAAAAGCAAAGGAAAGUGAGCGUGGUUAUCUUGAUAUUGUGAGAUACCCUCGAGCCUUGGAAUUGUAACCAUAACAAUAACACAUCACACCUUUUCUACCAUCAUAUUGACGCCAUGUUACAAUAAGGUCUUUUUGUGGCCACAUACCGAUCAGGAACUUGGCUUAAAACACAUUUAAAACAUGUUCUUUUGGAAGGGUGUGCUCUCAAAGUGUUCCCCUCACGGAUUUGUGAUACUGGAUGCUAUAUUGUGUGCCCUUAAAUGUAUUUUUGUACUAAUAGACAAUAUAUUAUGUAUGGCACACCAGUACUGUUUUAUUUUUAGAUAUAACACGGCUUUAAUUGGUUAUUAGCUCUUCACGUUUGGCUGACUUUUUUUUCCUCCUCUGCAACACAAUUUUAAGUAUACCACUGUAUUAAUAAAUAAAAUCAUUUUUAAAAUAAA